AUGCUCCGCUUGUCAAGAUUGCUCUGCGACCCUCGUCGAGGCACUGUGAUCAUGUUCGGCAAUGGCAAGAGCUACGGCUUCAUCGCUCCGGAUGCGGGAGGUCCUGACAUUUUCGUACACAAGAGGUGGGCAAUACGCACCGCAUUCCCUAGGCGAGUGGCCUUGAAGGAAGGGGAGCGCGUCGAGUUCGAGUUGCAGCCGGACCGAAGUCCUUGUCACCUCUGGCGAUCUGCUGCCAACGCUAUGCUGUGUCCUGCCGCCCUAGAUACUGGAGCGGGCUGGGGCCUUCUGUUCCGGACGACUGGGCAAAAUCGCAGAAGGGGUAGCUUCUGCACGGGUAUGCAACGACUACGGCCAGAUCAUGACCUGCCUGGUGAUGGCCUGGGGCCGCCAGGGAGGAGCACGAAAGGGCUUCAACCUCCGAGAUGCUGA